AUGCAUGAUAGAAGAGAAAUAGAUCGUCUGACACGUGUACUACAAGAAAGGGAAAGGGAACUAGAGGAGGAGAGAAGAGAAAAGGAACAAGUUAGAAACAGACUACAGCAACAACUUCAAGGAAGAGAACGACAACUUCAACAAGCACAGCAACAAGGACAAAAAAAAGAGAGGGAAAUUCAACAGGCCAGAGAACAAGUUCAGGAUCUUCAACGACAGCUUCAAUCAAGAGAGAGAGAAUCUCAAGAAAGAGAGCAACAGCUUCAAAGGCAAGUAGAAGGUGGCCAGCAAAGAGAACAGGAUCUUCAACGACAGCUUCAACAAGCUCAGGAGCAACUAAGAGAGAGAGAUAGACAAGAGAGAGAGUCUUCCUGGGUAGUUAGCAGAAAUGAUAUUAGAAUGACAGAAAGGAUUCUAGGGAGAGGAGGAUGGGGAGAGGUCAGAGUAGCUCGUUUCCAUGGACUGGAAGUUGCUGCAAAGGUACUUCAUGAGACCAUCAUAUCAGAAUAUAACGUGUCACUGUUCUCUCGUGAAAUGAAUAUUGCUUCUAAAAUACGUCAUCCUAACCUCCUUCAGUUCAUAGGAGCGACUACAGAGGGUAAUCCAAUGAUCCUGACAGAGCUAAUGCCGACGAGCCUAAGAAAGGAAUUAGAGAGUGGAGGAGUGGCCUAUCCUGCCAUACUGAGCAUCAGUUUAGAUGUAGCCUGUGCUCUCAAUUACCUUCAUCUCUUCAAGCCUCAUCCUAUACUACAUAGAGAUGUCAGCAGUGCUAAUGUACUCCUUCAACCAAUGGGAGGUGGACUUGGAGGAUGGAGGGCUAAAGUAUCUGAUUACGGAUCAGCUAAUCUUCAGCCUCUCAUUGGCAGAACCACUAAUCCUGGUAAUCCUGUCUAUUCAGCACCUGAAGCAGGGAAUCCAAGGGAGCACUCUCCUUCAAUGGAUGUGUUCAGUUAUGGUGUCCUCCUUCUAGAGAUGAUAACACGACGUAUUCCUCUACCAGAAGAGAGAGUAGGUCUUAUUGAUGGUAUUAGAAGAGCCUCGUUUAGGUCUCUUGUUGAACGCUGCCUGAUAGUUGAGUAUAGACACCGUCCAACAAUGAAUGAUAUUAUAACUGAACUAAAUGACACUGUUUAUUAGGCUUUUAAUUAUUUAAGACCCAUUUUACUUUACUUUUUCUUUAAAGUAGUGAGUGCUUAUUUUUGUUGAAGUUAGUGAAACAGUUAUUAAAACUUAAA